AUGGUGGCUACAAGCAACAUGACUGAAAUAAUUUUCAUGGGAUUUUCCCAGAACCGAGAUGUGCAGAAGAUCAUUUCUGUGGUGUUUCUCCUCAUGUACACGGCCAUUGUGUUGGGCAAUGGUCUCAUUGUGGUGACCAUAAUGACCAGCAAAGCCCUCACCUCCCCCAUGUAUUUCUUCCUCAGUUACUUGUCUUUUGUGGAGAUCUGUUACUGUUCUGUCACAGCCCCGAGGCUCAUCAUUGACUCCUUUACUGAGAGGAAAGUGAUUUCCCUCAAGGGCUGCUUCACACAGAUAUUUUUCCUCCAUUUCUUUGGAGGCACCGAGAUCUUUCUCCUGACGGUGAUGGCCUAUGACCGCUACGUGGCCAUCUGCAAGCCCUUGCACUACACGACGAUUAUGAACCGGCGUGUGUGUGGCCUCCUGGUGGGGGCUGCCUGGGGUGGGGGCUUGCUGCACUCUGCUGGGCAAACCUUCCUCAUUUUCCAGCUCCCCUUCUGUGGCUUCAACACCAUUGAUCAUUACUUCUGUGAUGUCCAUCCUGUGCUGAAGCUGGCCAGCUCAAACACCUUCCUCAUUGGUCUGCUAAUCAUCGCUAAUGGUGGCCCCAUUUCUGUGAUCAGCUUCACUGUGUUGCUUACUUCCUAUGUGGUCAUCCUGCUCUCACUCAGGAAUCAGACCUCAGAGGGGCGGCGCAAGGCCCUUGCCACCUGUGCCUCACACAUUGCAGUUGUGGGCCUGUUCUUCAUACCCUGCUCCUUUGUUUACAUGAGGUCUUGUGUCACCUUCCCUGUGGACAAGAUAGUGGCUGUGUUUUACACGGUGAUCACACCACUCUUAAACCCCAUCAUUUACUCUUUCAGGAAUGCUGAAGUGAAGAAUGCUAUGAGGAGACUGGUGGGGAGGAAAGUGAUUUGGGAAGAGAAAUAG